GCGUCACGUGACCCAGCCCAACCCGGAAGUGAGCGGGCUUGCUCUCUGGGUCUAUGGCCCGAGUUAACAAUCGGUGGUGGGUUUGAAAAAGAGGGAAAGUUUUUUUUUUUUUCCCUCCCGGUCUCUCCCUCCUCGCUCGCUCGCUCCCGCCCGCCCGCGGAUCCCCCUUUUAGCGUCCGACAUGUGAUCCGUUGGCUGGUUCACUCCUUCAGAUUUCAGUGUCUGCCUAAGAUGGAACCUACUGCCUCGGGCGUCUUCUGCAGCCGUGUGCUCAGCAUGGUGAACUCAGAAGACGUAAAUGCCAUCAUCUUGGCUCAGAAGAACAUGCUUGACCGAUUUGAGAAAACCAACGAGAUGUUACUCAACUUUAACAAUCUAUCUGGGGUCCGAAUGCAGCAGAUGAAUGAACGCUUCCUUCACCACACCCGGACCUUGGUGGAGAUGAAGAAAGAUUUGGAUAGUAUUUUUCGGAGGAUCAGGACUCUGAAAGGAAAGCUAGCAAAACAGUAUCCAGAAGCAUUUAGCAAUGUACACGAAUCUCCCAUCCUUGAAGACGAUGACUUUGAUCCUGUCCCAAAAAGUACCGCCACAACCAUUGCUACCUCAGAGCAGACCACCGAGUCCUGUGACACCAGUCCAGACAUCAUCUCCCCUGCCACCAGCCACGACUUUGAAGACCUGUCCCAGGGCCCUUACGACUCAGUGGCUGUGAAUGGGCAGAGCAUAACAGAUGAGGACAAUGAGACAGACUAGUCUCCAUGGAAACUGUCAUAGGAGCAGAGGUGGACUUUCUUCCCACUCACCGCCCACCUGCUAACAGACCUGCAAACUUCUUCUUUUUUUAAAAAAAAAAAAAUCUAUGUUCUCUGUAUUGUCUUGGCUAACUGUUUCUGUCUGGGAAGAGAGGGCUAAGCAUGGGUGAUGGGCCUUUUGCAUGAAGCACCAUCAUCCACAGGGUGCUGAUCUGUGUCUGAUGCCAAAUAAACCUAACCUUGAGUCUAGGCCACAGUGUUUCUCAACCUUGACAACUUUUAAGAUGGGUGGUCUUUUAACGCCCAGAAUUUCUCCAGCCAGCAUUUCCCCUGGCUGGGGAAAUUCUGGACGUUAAAAGUUCACCCAUCUUAAAAAAUGUCAAGGUUGAGAAACACUAGUUUAGGCAGUGCACAAUUGGCAAGGCAGCAAAUCAGGAGUGGCGGCAGAUAAGCGGUUGCAUAUUUGCGAGCUCCAGCCCAAACCACUCCCUUCUCUUGGACAGACUGAUUAGUUACGGGAGGCUUCUUCAGUAAAGGCCUUGCAGCCCAAGUUUUAUAGACAACAGUAGAUUGAGCUGAACAUCUUGUAAUUCCUGAUCCCAUUAAUUAUGCAACAGAUAAACUAUCCAAAAUCUUUGGUGUUCAUAGGAAAUGCUUUGCUAAUAGCCAGCUACAAUUUACUCAAAACAGGCAAGGAUGCCUUCAGGAACACAAAUACCUGUGUUUUCCCUUCUCUUUGUUAGGCAUAAAACCCCUUUGCUGAGUCUUCCCAUUGGCCUCUAUAUGCAGAAUACAGAUGAUCAGAAUCAGAAUCUGCUUGGUGGGGUGGGGUGGGGAUGGGGUUUAAAGCAAGCUACAAUCUGUUCACUUCAGAGGGGCUAGCAUGGGUGAGAUUUCCAGGGGAUUGUGCCUCUUAGUAAUUGCUGCUACCACCGUCCUCUCGAGCUAUUGCUCAUCUUUGGUUGUAGAUCUGAUAAGUCAACAAUGGUCGAAGUGUUUGGUAUUCCCCAUUCCUAAAACUCCCCCUAAAACAAAGCUGACUUUGUACAACCUCUAUCAUCUAAUGAUGCACCUUAUAAAAAGAUGAGGGCCAUAUGCUGCAUUGCACUUGCCUUGUGCUAUUUUCUUAAGUUUGUCUGCCACACUCACUGUUACAUGUCAUAUUUAAUAUUCAAAUAAUUUUCCUGUGUGUUUAUAAACAUCUCAUUCCCUCUUACCACACUUUCAGUUACUGUAAUGCCAAUGAAUGUUUUUGUUUGGUUUUUGAUAGUUCCCUGUGCUGGAAUUUAGCAAAACUAGAUGUGUUGCUUGGGGGAUGUGGUGAACUGGCCUCUUUCCUCUAAUGUAAUCUUGUGAAAUGCGUUCUAAUUCAAAGAAAAAAAUAUUUUUGUACUGCUGUAAGUUUACAGAGGUUAAUAAGAUAAUAACCAAUAAACAAAUUACCCGAGAGCUCA